AUGCAAUUUAUUUUUUUACUGUUAUUGUUCUUAGCCUCUGCAUCCAUUAAUGAACUAAAUUCAAAAAAUUUUGAAUAGUUUAUUGAUCAAUACCCUUAUGCGUUAAUACAUUUUUACAGAGGCUAUGAUUGUGAAAAAUGCAAUGAAGUUGACCUAGUAAUUGAAAAGGUAUAAAUCAAUUUUAAAGAAAAAUUACUUGGAUUUGGAAAAAUAAAUUGUACCAAAAACCCUUUAUUUAUUAAAAGAUUUGGAAUCAAUAAAUACCCAGCGCUGAUUUUUUUCCGAUAAGGAGAUGUAGAAGUUUAUGAAGGUUAAAAAUCAUAUACAGCCCUUUUUUAAUGGCUAAAAGAAAAUUUAAGGCCCCUAGUUCAUAUCAUAGAAGAUACUCACUCAUUAUAAGAAUUUUUAACAGAAAAAGUUGCAUUAGUCUAUUUUGCUUCUGAGAAUGAGUUUAUUGAUCCAUUUAUCCUUAUGAAAAUGAAAGAAGUAAAUAUGAAAUACUCGUUGUUUUAUAUGGUGUUGGCUAAGUCGCCAACUAUAAGAAGAGAAUUUGACAUUGAGGAUGGAACAAAUUUAGUGAUAUUUCCUUAAAAUGGAGAACAUAAAAAAUAUAAAGGAUAUAUUUAAGACAUGGAAAAUUAUUUAAUCCAGGAAGCAUUACCAUUAAUUUAUACUGGAACUGAUUUAGAAAUUUAACACAUAAUGAAAAAUUAGAUGCCAUUUCUUCUAAUUUUUGAUGAAAUGAAUUAAGAAUAUUUUGAAAUAGCAGAAAGAAAUCAAUAUUUUGUCAAAUUAUUUAUUUUUGAUAUCAAAGACACAGAAGCAAUUGAAAUAUUUUCUUAACUUCUUUAAUUGUAGAUCGAUACUAAUUAUAUAUAUUUUCACGAAACUAAAAACAAAAAAACGUAGAAAAUAACGAAAAAGGAUGUACAAGUUGUUAUUUGGGAUUAUAUAGAUAGAGAAGAUGGUAUCAGAUUUGAUAUUUGA